AAAUACUAUUUAUGCCUUCUAAUUUGUGCUUUUUUCCCCUCCUGCAGCUCAAGCAAGUUUGCUGCAGUUGGAUUUCAUAAAGCUCUGACAGAGGAACUGUCUACCCUGGGAAAGGACGGAAUAAAAACCACGUGCCUUUGUCCGGUUUUUAUAAACACUGGAUUUGUCAAAAACCCCAGUACAAGGAUUGGAAAGAUUUUGGAGACUGAAGAGGUUGUAGAGGCUCUGAUGGAAGGAAUAGUGACCAACCAGAAAAUGGUUUUUGUUCCACCACAGCUAAAUAUUGCUUUGCUUUCUGAAAUGGUGUUUCCAGAACGUGCCCUGAAUGUUCUGAAGAAGCUCACGGUUCCAAAGUUUGAUGCAAUCAUUGGGCAGAGAAGCACCCAGUGAAGCCAAGAAUUGAUUCUCGUUUUGCAGUGGCAUGAGUGAAAACAACGUGUGCUGAGGGUAGUUCAGCUGGUUUGAUACAGAACUAAGACAGGUGCUUCCAGGCUACCAUUUCCAAGCACACAGGAGGGUUUAUCCCACACCUGCAGCAGGAAUAUAUCUGCAUAAUAUGAAAUGUUAGCAAAGCAGAGAUGCUUUGCUAGAAAGGCUGCUUUGAAUGUAUGUCACAUCGCCUCUGUCUCGUAGUGUUGAGGCAGACAGGAAUUCCCACAAAGCCUGUAUUUGGGACAGCACAGCUGCCUAUUUGAGUGCCAAGGGAUUGCCUGAAAAUAUGUUAACAUGGACUCAUUCCUGAGCAAAAGCGUCUUGCAAGAAAAAGUUUAUACAGCAGGUAGGUGGCCUGUUUCACCUCAAUUUAUCUUUUAAAUGUAA